GAACGCAGAGAAGAGAAAAGAAGAUUGGCAGAAGAAAAUACAAGCAAAACACAGAAAGACACUAAGUAGCAAAAUAGCAUAGCAUAUUAGCAUAGGAAGGAAUAGGAAUUAGGACGAUCGACACAAACACGAACACGAACACCAACAUCAACGUAUCAAUAUCAUCGAAAAGAAGAAUUCAAUUGAAAAUUAGUGGCUAUGGCUGUUGCACCUGCAGCUGUUAUCGUCCCAUUGGGCCUUCUCUUCUUCGCUUCCGGUCUCAUCGUUAACCUCUUUCAGGCAAUAUGCUAUGUGGUUGUUCGGCCAGUGUCGAAGAAUUUGUACCGAAGGAUGAACAGGGUGAUGGCAGAACUGCUAUGGUUGGAACUCGUGUGGAUUAUUGAUUGGUGGGCGGGUGUUAAGAUCCAAGUAUUCACAGAUCGUGAAACCUUUCGUUUGAUGGGUAAAGAGCAUGCUCUUGUCAUAUCAAAUCACAGAAGUGAUAUUGAUUGGCUUGUUGGAUGGGUUUUAGCUCAGCGUUCAGGUUGCCUAGGCAGCACCCUUGCUGUGAUGAAGAAAUCUUCGAAGUUUCUACCGGUUAUUGGUUGGUCAAUGUGGUUUUCUGAGUAUCUUUUCCUGGAGAGAAGUUGGGCCAAGGAUGAAAGCACAUUAAAGUCAGGUCUACAGCAACUGAUGGAUUUCCCUCUUCCCUUUUGGUUGGCUCUCUUCGUAGAAGGAACUCGCUUUACACAGGCCAAACUAUUAGCUGCUCAGGAGUAUGCAACCUCAGCUGGAUUGCCUGUUCCCAGAAACGUUUUGAUUCCAAGAACGAAGGGAUUUGUUUCAGCAGUAAGCCAUAUGCGCUCAUUUGUUCCCGCCAUUUAUGAUGUAACAGUGGCAAUUCCCAAGAGUUCACCUGCUCCUACAAUGCUAAGACUCUUCAGGGGGCAACCUUCAGUGGUGCAUGUGCAUAUUAAGCGGCAUUUGAUGAAGGAUUUGCCAGAAGCAGAUGAAGCUGUUGCUCAAUGGUGUCGAGAUAUAUUUGUCGCUAAGGACGCAUUGUUAGACAAACAUAUAGCUGAGGACAAAUUCGGUGAUCAAGAACUGCAGGACACUGGUCGACCAAUAAAGUCUCUUGUGGUUGUCAUAUCUUGGGCUUGUGUGGUUGUUACGGGGGCUGUAAAGUUCCUUCUAUGGUCUUCACUACUAUCCUCCUGGAAGGGUGUUGCAUUUUCAGCAUUUGGUUUGGUAGUCGUAACUCUCCUCAUGCACAUCAUGAUUAAGUUCUCACAAUCUGAGCGUUCAACCCCUUCCAAGAUUGCCCCUUCGCAGUCCAAGAAUAGGGGACAGGUGGGAGGUAGUGAUAACAAACAAGACUAGAUCACACGCAUUACCCAAACACACUAUACAUAGAUAGGGAAUUCUUCUGAGGUCACAUCUUUGUGAACUUAAUUUGCAAUUUAUCGUUCAUAAAACAAAAUUGCAUUUGUGUGUUUAGGGACUCACGUGACACCCCCCCUGCUUUAUUUGUUUGCUUUGAAAUUCCAUCUCUCAUGAAUUCUGUUAUUCCUUGUAUUAUGCAUGCACACAUACUAUUCAUUAUUUUUCAAUUUAAUUAGGAUAUAUUUGUAUAGACAAUACAAAAUUCCUCCUCCAUAUCGCUUCCCCCUCCCUUUGUGGGCACUUGUACACUUUCAGGUAUUGAACAAUUAAUUUUGUGAUUAUUUCUGGUUCCCCUU